ACUGACUCAGCUAGUUGCUUAAUAGUUUUAAAAUCUAUUGGCUCAUGAUACUAUCGUCCCUGGCCAUCUAAGAAGACAGGGAAAGUCAGUCCAACUUCCUUCCAAACCUCUGGGCAAAAUAAGGAACUUAAUAAUUUCUGAAGCCCUGAAAUUGCCCACAGACAACAUGCAGGUGACGCUCUGCCGACUUCGGACUCACCAGUGGUGUUUCAUUCUCUUUAACGUCAUACUGUUUCACGCAUUGCUUUUUGGAGCUGACUUUGUAGAAGAAUAUUUCUUACAUUCUUUGCCUCAUGUAGAUAUGAAAAUUCUCGACAUUAAGGACAAGGCAAGAAAAUUGAACCUGGAACCUUUAAGAGGUAAUCCCUCCAAGUAUUAUAUCCUAAACCAGCCGGAGGUCUGUAAUGGGAAAACCAUCUUUCUGCUCUCUCUUAUCUUCAGUAGCCCAGGGAAUGGAACAAGACGGGACCUCAUCAGGAAAGCCUGGGGUAGUGUGACCACUGUCCAAGGCUACCCAAUUCUCACGCUGUUUGCUCUGGGAAUGCCAGCAUUGGUAACUACUCAAGAAGAGAUAGAUGCGGAGUCUCAGAAGAAUAAUGAUAUCAUUGAAGGGAUCUUCUUGGACAGUUCUGAAAACCAAACACUGAAGAUCAUCUCAAUGACCCAGUGGGCUGUGGCCUUCUGCCCCAGUGCCCUGUUCAUACUCAAAGCUGACGAGAUGUUUAUCAAUCUACCAGGCUUGGUAGACUAUCUUCUCAAUCUGAAAGGUCACCUGGAAGGUAUCUAUUUAGGAAGAGUUAUUCAUCAGGAUAUACCUAACAGAGACCCCCAUAGUCAAGAAUUUGUCUCUCUUAGUGAGUACCCCGAAAAAUACUACCCAGACUACUGCAGUGGUGAGGCCUUUAUACUGUCCCAAGAUGUGGCUCGGAUGGUGUACGUGGUUUUGAAUGAAGCACCUGUUAUGGUGCCCGCCGAUGUAUUUGUAGGGAUCUGUGCUAAGUCCGUGGGCCUUAUACCUAUCCACAGUUCAAGGUUUUCUGGGGAAAGACACAUCACAUAUAACAGAUGCUGCUACAAGUUCAUUUUUACAUCUGCAGAAGUUACAGAUGCUGAAACUUCCCUGGCAUGGAAAGAAGUGAGUGAUGGGAAGGAGUGUUCCCUGUUUGAGACUUAUUACGGGCUCAUUUCCUGCAAGCUUCUGACAUACCUUGACAGCUUCAAGCAUUUUCACACGGGGAGCGCAAAAGACAAUGCUGUGUAUUUUGGGAAUUAGUAUUCACUCGCUGUUAGAUGUCUUCUUCUUCUUUUUUUUUUUUUGUUUUUUUCGAGACAGGGUUUCUCUGUGUAGCCCUGGCUGUCCUGGAAUUCACUUUGUAGACCAGGCUGGCCUCGAACUCAGAAAUCCACCUGCCUCUGCCUCCCGAGUGCGGGGAUUAAAGGAGUGCGCCACCACUGUCCGGCUUUAGAUGUCUUCUUCUUAAAGUGCUGUUUUCCUAUUACAGAAGGCAACUCUCUGGGCCCAUGUUAGGUAACUUCUCUGAAUCUAUUCGUACCUAGCAAACCCACAAGAUGUUCUUAGUGUUCUGAUGUACUCAGUCUUGACAUCUUGAUUUUGAUGUUUAAGUCAUUUAAAAUAGGACGGUGUGAUACUUUUCAAAAUAAAAUCUUUCAGAAAAGACAAAACAUUAAAUUUCAUUAUAACAUA